AUGACGUCCGUGGACGAUAUCUGGGCCCAGCUGAAGGCCUCGUCGCUGAACAAGCUCAAAGAGGGCCAGCAGCGCGGCAAGAGCGGCGCCACGGCGCCGGAACAGCCUGAAAACACAGGCGCCCAGGACGCGGGCCGCGUGGACGCCAGCGGGGCCGCGCCGUUGGGCAUCGCGCAUCUAGAGCAGCCCUCCAGCCGUCAGGGACCCGGGCGGCGCGGUCCGGGCAGCACGUCAGGCGCUAGCGCGCCGCGCACCGCUGCCGGGAGCGCCGCAGCGCCUGUCAAGGUGUCCGAAAGGGCGGCUGCGGCCCCUCCGGGCGAUGCGGCGCCGGACCGGACGGAGCCGGUCGGUAUGAGCUGCGCGGAGAUCGAGGCCGCGCUGCAGAAGGAGUUCCAUGCGAUCCGCGAGCGCGACCCGCAGCGACGCAGACUUGCGCUACAGCGCAUUGCCGACGCGCUGCUCAAGGACCCGAAACCGCCGGUUUCCGCGCUCGAGGAGGCGCUCGAGACCGUGGUCGGCAAGCACCUCCUGCGCUGCUUCGACGACGCCGCGGAGGCCACGCGCUCCCUCGCUGUCGAAACAACAGCCGCCCUCCUGCGGGAGGCGCCCGAGUCGUGCAUGGCGUUCCUGCCGUACCUCAUGCCCGUGAUCGAGGAGCGCGUCAUCCCCAUGGAGCCCGAGGACGGCACGGCGCUCGCGGAGGGCCGCAAGGCCGUCACUGCCGUUCUGGAGCAGUCGGAACACGUACGUCAUGCCUUGUUCCUCCUCGCGGUGUGGGUCGUGGACGAACAGGGCGAGGCCGUCUCCGCGUACGCGUCCGAGCUGGUCGAGAUGGCCAAGGUGGGCGUCGCGGACGCCUACCACGAGGUGAACCUCGCGGCGUGCGACCUCGCGCAGGGCCUCGCGCGGUGCCUCAAGCACCAGCUGUGGGGCGUGAGCAAGCCUCUCGCGGCGGCGGUGAUGCCGCUGACCACGCACCGCCGCAGCGCCGUGCGCGUCGCGGCCCUGCGUGCCCUCGGCCCGCUGAUGAUGUGCGGCGCGCAGGAGCUGAUUCUCGACAUGGUGGGUUGGCGCGACCCCAAUGUUGUGGCGAUCAAGGCGUUCUACGAGGGAGAGGUCAAGGUCAACUUCUGCGGGAAGCUCAUCACGGACGCGUCGGUCCCCGUGCGCCUCGCGUUCCUCGACACCAUCGGCCUCUGGCUCACCGACCUCCCGGAGCGCCAGGACCACGAGCAGCGCCUCACCCAGUUCUUCCUCGCCGCACUCAACGACGCCACGCCCGCCGUCGCCGAGUCCGCGGCCGCGUGGAUCGAGCGCCUCGGCGAGCAGUACGAGAAGGACCACGAGAAGGAGCUCAAGGAGAACCGCGAGUACCUCCCCGACGCCGCGCAGGGCUACGGGUGGCUCCCCAGCGACGUGCACACGCGCCUCCAACGCCGCCCGCUGCCGUACCCGCUGACGCGCCGGCCGGCGCUCGGCGCGCGCAUGGUCGUGCAGAAGCACUUCGGCGCGAUGGUGCACGCCCUGUGCCACGAGCUGAACUCCUGGCAGGAGGACCCGCGCGCACGUGGCGCCGAGUUGUUGCGCACCUUCAUGCUCUACACAGAAGACUUCGCCACGCGCUACCUCGACAAGCUCCUCCCCGCGAUCGUCGCGGCCGUGGCGCACUGCCGCGAGCCCGGCCGGCGCCCCGGCGCCUCGCCGGACCACGUCGACGCUACGGGCCGGCGCAUGCUGACGCACCUGGAGGAGGCGUGUGGGCUGCUGGGGUCGGCGGUGGAGCCGGCGCAGUACCUGCGGCUGCUGUGGACGGCGGCUGGGCCGGCGGAGCCGGUCGCGAGCGCCCGUGCGGCGGCGAUGGAGGUGCUGGCGUGGGUGCUGGAUGGGGCGCGGGGGCGGGGGGACGUAGUGGCGCACGCGGGGGCUGCGGCGGCGUGCGUGUGCGACGGCGCGGCGCUGCGGGCGCAGGACGUGCAGGUCAAGCGCGCGGGGCUGCUGCUCGUGGCGUCGCUCGGGGCCGCGAUGGGCGGCGCGGACGCGGCGUCGUGGGGGGUGUUGCCCGACGGGACUGACGUCGACGGAGAGUACUGGGCGACGGCGGUGGACCCCGUGUCGAAGCGCGCGGCGCGGCACAACGUCGACCGCGGGCUCGGGAAGAUCGAGGAGGGGGACUGCGAGGAGGACGAGGGGGAGUCCGGGGCUGGCGGCGGGGACGUCGACACCGCAGCGCCGCUGGAGCGCCGGGGCCUCGACUUGCUCGGAAAGCUGGUCGUCGCGGCGGUGCACCUCGGCGCACGGCCGCCCGCGCUCGCGCGGGACGCCGUCGAGGGGCUCCCGGACGUGGGGGGUGUGUUGGAGAGCCUGGCGUCCGGGGCGGGGGAGUCCAGUGCGUGGCGGGUGCUGCUGCCGCGCGCGGCGGCGCUGUUCGGCGCCGUGCCGCUGCGCCCAGGCGGGAGCCUCGGCCCGGACCUCGCGCAGGACGCCGAGGCGUUCUGCAUCCUCGCGCGGAUCGCAGAACCUGUCGCUGCAACGACAUCCGCGGAAGAACAACACCCCCCCCUCAGCGCGGACAUGGACGCCGCGGCCGGCGCGGCGGCGGCCUCGGCGGGCGCGAUCGCCGCGGAGAUGCACGCGCGCCUGUGCCGCGGCGCCGGGCCGCUCGAGCCCGCUUACGAGCAGGGUCUUGCCGCACUGUUGUCGACGGCGGGCCUGGCAGUCGAGUCAUGGCCGUGUACUUACGCCGCGGCGCUCCUCGACCGCCUGCUGCCGCUCAUGCCGCGCGCCGCGGCGACGUGGCGCUGCGCGGGGCCCCUCGUGGACGCGGUGGGAGCGUGUCUGAGUGUCGCAGGGCGCGAGGGGGGGGGUUGCGUCACCGAGGGCGCGGCUGCCGUGGUUUCCGUUGCGGACGCGGCGCUGGGACCGGAGGGCGCUGCGUGCCUCGCCGCCGCCGCCGACGCCCGCGCUGCGUGCGCGAGAGCGCUGGCGAAGGUGCUGUCAGGUGCAGGGGGGGUUGUUGAGGAGCUGCGGGGGAGGAAGGAGGUCGUCGAUGUGGUGCGGAGGCUCGCGGAGUGCCCCGGAAAGACCGGCGAGGACGCCGCGGCCGUGGCGGCGAUGCUCGGACCGUGA